CAAAGUAUAAGGCUCGAGGAGUAUAUUGGAGAAAGUAUCGUUAUCGCAAAUCUCGUCUUGCUAAUCUUCGCGCUGCUGAAUAAUUGGUCAAACAAUUUCUAACACUCAUUAAAGUAUUUUGUAAAUGGCCUACGAAGGAUUUAAGACGUUUAAUGUAAAAAUAAAGGAAGGAGUUGCUUGGGUAACCUUUGACUUUCCUCCAGUUAACGUCCAAGGAAAACCGAUGCUCGAUGAUCUCAAUAGGUUAGCUGAGUUGCUCGAGAAAGACCGCACCGUGAAGGUUGUCGUGUUCCAAUCGGCUCAUCCGGAAAUCUUUGUAUGUCAUGCAGAUAUCGACAUGUUGGUGGACAUUCCAGCGGCGGCACGAAGUCGCUCCGAGCCACUCUUAUACCUGCAGGAAGUGCUGCAACGAAUCAGCGAUCUUCCCCAGGCGACCAUUGCCAAAGUCGAGGGGGUGGCUAGAGGAGGUGGUCAUGAGUUCAUGCUUGCAUGUGAUAUGAGGUUUGCAGCACGUGGCAAGUCCGUGUUCAUGCAGAUGGAAGUUGGUAUGGGCAUUGUCCCCUGCGGUGGAGGCACACAGCGUCUUGCUCGUCAAAUGGGUAUGGGUCGGGCCAUGGAAAUCAUUUUGGGUGCGCGCGACUUUGAUGCAGAUUUAGCAGAGCGAUAUGGUUCCAUCAAUCGAGCUCUGGAACCCAAUGAAAUCGGACCGUUUGUAGAGAAGCUAGCCAAUCGUAUCGCUAAAUUUCCCGCCGGCUCUAUUGCAGCGUGCAAAAGAUGUGUUAUUAAGGCUGUCGAAACACCUAUUGACGAAGGUCUCAAAGAGGAAGCGUAUCAACUCGGUCAAGCAAUGGCCUCCACACCAGGAGCAAGGCGCUUUGCGUUUGCAAAGAAGAACGACAUGCAGAAUAACUUAGAAAACCAGAGGAAUUGGGAAAAAGGUGUGAUGGAUAUUCAAAAUGUAGAAUGAAGCAAUAUACGCCCAGGUUAAAUUGAAGUUGGAUUGAUUUGAUAACUUUAAGUUUAAAAUUAUUGUUAAAAUUUGCACAUCACAACACUGUAUUAUCAAUUGAUGAGUAUAUCAAGUUUUCAAUAAAAUUCAGGUAUCCAAAA